AUGUCCAUUAGUUUAGAGGUUACUCCCAAAGGAAGUAGGAGGGUCGCAGUGAAGGAGGCUUCUUUUGGAAGGUCUAGUGGUGUUGAGCGAGUUGUAGGUCUUUUAUUGGUGGUCUUAAGGAUGGGUUGGGAUGAUGAUGGUUUAGGUGGUCUUGAGGUUUUGGAGAAGGAUGAAAUAGAUUUUAAUGGAUCAUUAAUAGAGAUCGAGCUAGUGGAAGUGAAGAGGAUGGUAGGGGAAAUUGAUGAAGGAGUGAGUUUUCAAGAGGUAUGCACACUAGGUGUUUAUGCAUUUGUUUAUGACGGAGAAUCGACAAGGUGGGAGGAGGUGGUGGUUACGUUAAGAAAGCUUAAGCUUACAAAGGUGAGGGAGGUUCAUGAGGCUCGGUGA